UUCAAUUUGUUCCUCUUUAGUUUCUUUCUCCAAAUGCUUUAAAGAAUACAGUCAGACCUUCCUAAGGUGGAUUAUCAGAUACUUUACAAGGAUGUAAUUCAAAGGAGUACAGUGUUCUUUGAAGGAAAAACUGGUGAUCCUGGAAGAACAGCAUUGUUAUCUCCCAUGAUGCCACAGUCACAGGAAGAGUAGAUGCAAUGGGGGAUUCUGUAGAGGUACGCACAGAUGGAAACUCCUUGCUGAAGGCCGUCUACUUGUGCCGCCUGCGCCUGACCCGACUGCUACUGGAGGGUGGAGCAUACAUCAAUGAGAGUAAUGAACGUGGUGAGACCCCUCUGAUGAUCGCCUGCAAGACAAAACAUGCAGACCAGCAGAGUGUGAGCAAAGCCAGGAUGAUCAAGUACCUCCUGGAAAAUGGUGCUGACCCAAAUAUCCAGGACAAAUUGGGGAAGACGGCUCUGAUGCAUGCCUGCUUGGAACGGGCCGGCAUGGAGGUCAUCUCCCUGCUUUUGGUGAGCGGCGCUGACCCCAGCCUAGAGGAUCACUCGGGCUCCUCGGCCCUGGUCCACGCUGUCAAUGCUAAUGAGAAGGAUACGCUAAAAGUGCUGCUUGAUGUGUGCAAAGCCAGAGGCAAGGAAGUUAUCAUUAUCACUACUGACAAGCUGCCCUCAGGGAAGCAGAUGACUAAGCAGUACCUCAACGUCCCUCCACUACCUGACUUGGAGGAUCAGCUCCACUACACCCCCAUGUCUUGCAUGUCUCCCUCUGAAAUAGAGCUCCGUACUUCACAACAAGCUGUGGACCCCCAGCUAGAGAAACGUAUGUUCAAUUUCCAGAAUUCUAACAGUGCCACCUCUCAACCUGGUUCACCAUUGCAUGACUCAAGCCCCGUGCAGUCCGGAGUAGCUAAGCUCCUCCAUUUGCAAAGACUGCAUUCUGAACCUUGGUUGAAGAUCCCAUCUUCUCUGCUCCUGCAGCAGAACAAAGCAUCUUCGUUUACUGAAGACCUAAUGGACAUCACUCCUGAGGAGGAGCUCUCUUUCAGGAUCAAUGGGUUGACAAUUCCUCGAGCCCCAGUUACCCGCCAGCACAGCAUUGACAUCAGAGAUACAGCGGGUCUGAGCAUAGCUUUGGAUCAAGGGGUUAACAAUGAAGACAGCCCAGGAGGAGGGAGAGGCCUGGGUCGGAAGAUGUCAUACGAUGACAUCUCAUCAUCUCACUCUUCCUCACACCUUGAUCUCCACCGUAACACUGGAGCAGCACCCAUCCCAGUGCACAAAGACCCUGACUGCCUGCCCAAUCUGGCUGUGUCUAGUCUGCGCAACAUUGUCGAAAGGCGAAAUAUAGGAAUUGACCACUAUAGCUCUGAUUCCCAGUUGCCCCAGUCUAGCAGCCUUGAUGACUACAAGAGUGCACCAGAAAAGAGGAAGCUGGUCUCAACCCGUUCCUCUACCUUGUCCAACUCCAGAGAGUCCUUGGAGAGUUUGGCCAGGAGAAACCCAGCCAUAUUAGAACGCAGGGGGUCAGGAGCCCUGCUCCUGGAUCACAUUUCCCACACCAGACCUGGGUACCUGCCACCAUUAAAUCCCCAUGUUCCUAUCCCCGACAUUGGCGGCAGCAGCAGUACGGCCACAAACAGCAGCAUGAAACCAGCUAAUAUGGGGCCCAAAUCCCUCAUUUGCUGUGUUCCCAACUUCCCCAAGGAUCUCAAGACCAAGAAGAUGUUGCUACGUCGUCAUUCCAUGCAAACAGAGCAAAUCAAACAACUAGUCAACUUUGAAGAGAUAUUUGGCCGCUAAUACUGCCGUAAACCAUACUUUCAGGAGCAAGUAUCUAUCUAAAAAGUUAUUUGUGCUAUAGCUCAUGUGUGUGAAUG